AUCGAGCCUUUUGUCUCUACCCCCGUGUGCCUGCGCGUAUUGUCUUGCUCCGUUCAGGGAUGCACCUUAUUUCCACGCAUCCACGAAGAAGGCUGUCGAGGACGUACAUCGAAACAAAAGCAAUGAACGCCCUUGGUGUGGAGAACAAAAGGCGUGGAAGUAGGCGCCCCGUGACGUGGAUUGCUUUUUUGUUUCCUAACUCGAUCAACGGCCAAUAUUGGAUACCGCUCAACAAAAGGGCGUUUGCUAUAUAACCCCUGCGCUAUGGCCCCACUCAAUUGUCGCUCACUGACUCGCCGAUCUUCGAUCUUCAACGGCUACUCCUCUCCGAGCAACUUCUGUCCGCCAUGACCGCCUACUACCCCCAGCCCGCUGCCGCGAACUACUUCUCUCCGCCCUCGCACGCUUCUCUUCGUCAACGGGGACUUCGCAUGUGCGACCAAUGCGGUGCAGCUGAGUCACCCGCUGUAUCGAAGUUCAGACUGUGUGGCGGAUGCAUGGUCACCCAAUACUGUUCCCAAGCAUGCCAAAAGGUUCACUGGCCAGCACACAAAGCUAUUUGCCAGCACACGGUCGAGCAGGUCACUGCUGCAAAGCAGGGCUCCGGAUUCAGCGGGGACCACAUCACCAAGAGCCUGCGCAAGUUCACAUCCUCGCACUGCGCUCUCCUGGGAUGGGCCGGCUUUCAGGCCCUGCAGCUCAAACGCGUUCCCGCCAACAUCCGGAAGAACGCAUUGUUGAUUGAGCUUGAACCGACAUCUGAUCCUGAUUGCAACCGUCGAUUCACCGUUGUGGGCACACACGUGGUUCCGCGGACCUUUAUCUGCGACCCGCUGGUCAUCGGCGACAUUCAGCGCCGCGAGCAACGGUGUCGGCAGGCCGGCGGGAUCGGCACUGCGGUCAUCAUCAUCCAGUGCGGAUCAUAUAGCCAAGUGAUGCCUGUCGAGGUCGACCCGCCGGCCAAGAUCAGCUGGGACGUGCGAGACGACUGGGCCGAGGUCCUGUACCACUUUGUCGAGACCGGCCGCACGGACUUCCAGCCCAUAUCGACGACUGCGCAGGGCAUCUACUAUGGAUGAGCCUCGCUUCGCUUUCCUCCCCUUUUUUCGAAUUCUCUUUUUCGCCCCCUCACAUGACACGCACCCGGCGAUCUGUAUCUCUAGCGCACAGCACAUCCUAUCUAUGUCCUCUCUACUCGCAUUUGCCUCCAUUGAUACCUCAUUCGCUGUCCCUUUGCUAUCCACAAGUUAGAUAACAAUCACAAUCGACUCUUUGCAAUCCAAAUCUUACAAGUUAUGUACUAUCCAUUUCUCCGCUUCACUGGAACCACCAUCGUUGCACCGCUCGUCUCCCUUCAACUAACAAGUAGAUCCAAGCUAGACACGCAUGUCAGUCGCAGCACGACGCAGACCUGAGACCUCCGCCCCCGGGCACGGCUCGCGCACGAUGACGAUCACGGGCACCCCGAGCGGCGAGCACGAGCACGACGACGACGAUGCCGGCGGCGGCGCGGAUGAAGCAUCGGGGUCUGGGGUCGCGGGGGUGCUGCAUCUGCGCGGGGGUCCGCCGCGCCGCCGGCAGCGGGUGGCGUGGGGCGAGGACGUUGUGGACAACGAGGGGUGCGGACGCAAGUCGUCGAAGAUCUGUUGCAUCUACCACAAGCCGCGCAAGUUCGACGAGUCGUCCUCGGACGACGAUCACUCGGAUUCGGAUUCGGCGGACUCGGACUCGUCGUAUGAGACGCGCAUGCGUGCACGGCGGGCGAGGCAGUAUCACCGGCAUCCGCACGACCACGACCACAACCACAACCACGAUCAUGACCAUGACCACGGCGCAAGUGGUUCGCCCAUGCACGGGCACGGUGUGGGCGCGGUGACGGAGCUCGAGCCACCGCCGGAGCCGAAUGCAUAUGAGCGGCAGCCCGCGAAGGGGAAGGGCAAAAGGAAGGCGGUGUGAAGGGGAAUCUUUCAGAUCUAAGAUGGCCAACUCUUCGCGGUGCCCAGCUACAGCAUCGCUCUGUGGAAAUUGGGAUUAUGGGAAGCCUGCCAAAAUCAGCUGAAAGAUGGUAUUUCGGCAGCAUAUAGCUCUCGUGGCUUGGUGUAUGGGCAUUUCCUUGUUGAUCUAAUAAUACAUACAAACUCCACCUGUGCCCAUCCCUUGCCAUAGUGGAUACACAUGACUUGAACAUUGACUAUUCCAACCUUUCUGAUGUAUCAUGCUCCCAAUA